GCCAAAGACACAACGCAGUGCAAAAUCCUCGCUAUGAUGAUCAACCAAUCAAAGCAGCAUAGUAGCUACGAACGACAAUCGGAACUGUUCAUCUGUCAAACGGCCCGUCAAUUGUGCACCAUUUUAGUUUACAAUGUUAGUAUUUUGUGAACUGUGCUACCAGCAACGGGCCUCCGGAGAUACGGCGGCGGCCGCAUUUCACAUCACAUCGUGCUGUCACAUCUUCUGCGAAACGUGCACCAAACCGUCGGGCCAGUGCCCUGUUUGCCGCAAGCAAUGCCGAACGACGCUGGUCAACCGGGAUCUGGCACCGACAAUAAAGGAGUACCUGAUUAACCAGACGGAUCAGCUGACGAAAGCGGAAAAAAUCUACCAAUUUCAGAGCAGCAAAAUGGAUAAGUUCAUCGAGGCAAACCAGGGCAUUUUUCAGGAGUAUGAUACGCUCAAAAGCAAAAUUGGCAAGAUGAAGCAAAUGUACGAGGCGUACAAGAAGGGCAUCAAGGACGAGCAGGGGCUGAUCAAGCAGUUGGAGCAGAAGCGAGCCGCCGGCGUGGUUGAUUGUUCCGAACUGAAGCAAAAUGACAACAACAUCGGCAUCGAAAUGGAUCAGUUUAUGAGGGAAGAUUUUUUCUCAACCGGUAUAGAAACCCAGCCGAAAGCUCGCAAAGGGGACAUACGUCAACCGAGAGCGGUGUUGUAAAGGAUGAUUCUAUGUUAGACGUCAUCACCAACGUAAUAUAUCGUUUAUAUUUAAAAUUAUUUGUAGGAAAAUUAAAAAAAACAUGUGUUAACAAAUAAAUGUGUGUAGCU